AAACCAUGCGGAUCGAUCGGAUUUUCGUACUUUAUUUAGCAGAGUGGCGCUUGGGCCACAGUUUCAGUUUGGCAGCAGCAAUCACGCGAAUCGGUUCGAAUCCCAGAGCGAAGCUGUAAGCUGGAAAAGCUAUGUGGAAAACGCGAUCCGCUUGACGGUUGACAAAUUUCCAAAUAGUCAUCACCUUGACAUUAGCUGUGAGGGAGAGAGAGAAGCACUCAAUUCAGCUAAUUGAUUCGAAAUUGGCAGCAGGUCAAAAAUAAUGAGUGUAGUGCAAUUUAUGAAUACGGAUAAAGCUCGCAAAAUUAUUCGCUAAAACAAGGCAAAAACACACAACACAAAAAACAGCCGCAAACGCGACAAUCAAAGUGCUAACUGCUAUCAGCGCCAUCUGGGCAAGGUCAAUCAUUAUUAAAUUAUGUCUCGAUUCGCGCUGUGCCUCUGGGUGCACGCCCACAUCCUCUUUGGCGUCCAACCACACUACAUACAAAUCGAUCAUGAGGAGUUUCGUGCCAGCGGCUUUCCGCAUCCACAUUUCCCACCGCCACCGAUGACACCGCUCGACCAUCUGCCGCAGGUGCUGGCCGUCAAGGAGCUGACACCCGCCGAGGUGAUGGUCGAUCUGACGAAUGAUCUCACCCACCGACUGCUGCACUACCACUCCAUUCUCAAUCGCAAUAACUUUGCCUUCUCGCCGACGGCGCUGGUCAGUGUCCUGGUGGCCCUCUACGAGGGUUCCUCCAGCAACAGUGCCAACGAGCUGCGCAAUGUGCUGCAGCUGCCCAACAAUCGUGACGUCAUACGCGUCGGCUACCGCGACAUCCAUCGACGGCUACGGACUUAUUUCUUUGGCUCCGACAAUCCCCUGAAGGGUCUCAGCCUGAACAAGAACAAUGUGACGGUCCUGAAGGACUUUGAGACGGUGCUCAUGUUCUAUGGCUACGAUCUGAGUGUGGAUAUGGUGUCCACAACGCCUGCAAAUUUGACAGCCGAUGCUGAGAUGGUUAGCACGACGACGCCCAGUGGGAAUACCACAACAGAGGAAGCGGAAGCUGAAACCACCACCAGCAGCAGCAGCACGGUUAAGGAUGAGGAAACCACCACAGAGAUGCCAGUUACAACGACCACCACGGAGGCACCCACCACCACAACCACAGAGGAGCCAACGACCACCACAGAAGUGCCGCCUGAAACGGAGACAACCACUGAGGCACCCGCAGAGUCAUCCGGCGAGGAGACGGCAGAGCCUGCUGGCGACGAUGAGGCUGCUGAGCUGGUGUCUGCCUUCGUGGCCGAGGAGGAUUCCGAGCCUCUGUUGCGCAUACAAAAAGCUCGCGUUUCGCGAUUGCCCACCAGCAAGCUGCAGGCGCCACUCAAGCACUCCAAUCCGAUCACGCCGAAGCCCAUUUAUCUGCCAAGUGCGCGGAGCGCGACCAUGCCCAUGAUGGCACGACAAGUGGCGGAGAGGAAGCCUCCAAACACGCGACAAAUCAUUUCCAUUUCAGCUCCACCAUCGGCAAAUGGCUCGUACGCGAGAAAGUCCAAGAUGUCGAGGCACAAGCGACACGCUCUGCCCUACAGGGAUCUCGAUUCGAAUCUCUUUCUGACGCUGUUCAACCCGCAAGCACCACAUCCAGCGCCCCAUCCGUUUCAGUAUCCACCAUCUGGCGCCUUUGCGCCCAUCCACAAUGACUUUGAGCCACACUUUAUCAGCGAGGCGGCCGAGAGCAAGUCCAACUACAACACGGACGUCAUCAGCCAUGUGUUCUAUCUGGGCAGCCAUCAGAUUGUGCACACCACAUUCAAGGUGUACAACGCGGUGCUGUACUACAAGUACUUCGAGCAUCUCAAGAUGAGCGUCCUGGAGCUGGAGCUGGACACGCCAGAGUACAAUCUGAUGAUUCUGCUGCCCGACUACCACACGGACAUUGUGGCUGCGGCGGCAUCGCUGAAGCUGGGGCCCACAUUGCGGCUGAUGCGCAAGCAGCUGAAGCCACGUUGGGUGCAGGCCAUCAUACCCGACUUUAAGCUGCAUGGAACGAUGUUCUUGACCAACGAUCUGCAGAAUAUGGGCAUGUAAGCUGCUUGCUGCGUGCCAUUAGUGCUGCGUCUCACUUUUACUUUCUUUUGGUC